CACGAUUACUUGUUUUGUUACCCCGUCGUAAGAGAUGUGGUAAGUGUUAUAAUGUCAAGAGCUUUGUCUUCCCGCUUAAACUUGGAUCUCGGCAAUAAGCUCAAGGGUUUGGUGUCGGGACAACUCCAUGAUGAAGCAUUGAGACUGUACAAGCUAAAUAUUCAUCCUUUAGGCACCAAUGGCUUCACAGCUAUUCUUCCUUCUGUCAUCAAAGCUUGCUCUUUUCAACACGAGCCUUUCUUACUUGGCGCACAGCUUCAUUGCCUUUGUUUUAAGUCAGGCGCUGAUCGUGAUACUGUUGUUUCCAAUUCUCUCAUCACUAUGUAUGCGAAAUUCUCUAGAGCAUACGCUGCGCGUAAGGUGUUCGAUGAAAUGCUUCAAAGAGAUACUGUUAGCUAUUGCUCCAUCGUCAAUUGUUAUUGCCAGGAUGGGUUGUUGUAUGAAGCGAUGAAGUUGCUUAAGGAGAUGUAUUUUUAUGGUUUUGUUCCGAAGUCCGAGCUGGUUGCAUCUCUGUUGGCUCUCUGCACUCGCAUGGGAAGCAGCAGUAAGGUAGCAAGAAUGCUUCAUGCUCUUGUUCUUGUUGAUGAGAGGAUGCAGGAAUCAGUUCUCUUAUCAACGGCGUUGCUUGAUAUGUACUUAAAGUUUGAUGAUCCUGCAGCGGCUUUCCAUGUGUUUGGUCAAAUGGAGGUGAAGAAUGAGGUCUCAUGGACUGCCAUGAUCUCCGGUUGUGUUGCUAAUCAUAAUUAUGAAGUGAGCAUUGAUUUGUUUCGAGCAAUGCAGAGAGAAAAUUUGAGGCCCAAUCGUGUCACAUUGUUGUCUGUUUUACCUGCAUGUGUAGAAUUGGGUUCUGGCUUAAGGCUGGUGAAGGAGAUUCACGGAAUUUCUUUUCGUCAUGGGUUCCAUUCUGACGAUCGGUUAACAACUGCUCUUAUGACCAUGUAUUCCAGAUGUGGUAGUGUAAGUCUCUCUAGGCUACUUUUCGAAACAUCAAAAGUGAGAGAUGUUGUAAUGUGGAGUUCAAUGAUUAGCGGCUAUGCAGAGAAUGGAGAUUGCUCUGAAGCUAUGAAUCUGUUAAGUCAAAUGAGAAAAGAAGGAAGUGAACCCAACUCGGUUACUCUGUUGGCUGUUGUCUCAGCUUGCACCCAUUCAGCAUCGUUGAAAAUUGCAUCUACAGUCCAUUCUCAAAUCCUGAAAUGUGGCUUCAUGUCACAUAUCUUAUUGAGAAACGCCCUCAUAGAUAUGUAUGCAAAGUGUGGCAGUCUUCCUGCAGCGCUUGAAGUAUUUUAUGAACUUAAUGAGAAAGAUCUUGUGUCAUGGAGCUCAAUGAUUAACGCAUACGGUCUUCAUGGACAUGGUUCAGAAGCUUUAGAAAUCUUUAAAGGGAUGAUAAAAGCUGGACAUGAAGUAGAUGGAAUGGCAUUUCUUGCAGUUUUAUCGGCUUGCAACCAUGCUGGCCUGGUAGAAGAAGCUCAAACCAUAUUCACACAAGCUGGGAAAUACCACAUGCCAGUCACAUUGGAGCAUUAUGCUUGCUAUAUCAAUCUUCUUGGCAGGUUUGGAAAGAUUGACGAUGCCUUUGAGGUCACAAUAAAUAUGCCCAUGAAACCAAGUGCCAGAAUAUGGAGUUCUCUCCUAUCUGCUUGUGAGACUCAUGGCAGGCUUGAUGUUGCAUGUAAAAUUAUUGCAAACGAGCUAAUGAAAUCUGAACCUGACAAUCCAGCCAAUUAUGUAUUGCUUAGCAAGAUCCACACAGAAUCUGGUAACUGCGAUGCUGCAGAAGAAGUGUGGAAGUUUAUGCAAAGACGGCAACUGAACAAAUGCUACGGAUUUAGUAAAAUUGAACUCUGAAUUACAGAUUUUAGAUUACCAAGGAAAAUCGUGGCGUCCUAUAUGAAGAUUCUAUCUAAGGACAGUUCUCUUUUUGCAUUUCAAAAGCAGCAUCACUGAUGCAGAAUGUUCCAACAACUGAAGAGGACACUAGCACACACUACCAUGCAAUAUCUUUUUUACUGAUAUUCAUUAUCAAUAUUGGUGAUUAUGGGAUUUGAGCAACUUAGAAAGCCAAAAGCACUGCCAAACUGGAAUCCAAACAGCUCACAGAGGCUUGGUUGAGGCUUUGCCAACAGAACUGAUAUACAGGAUUUUUUUUCCAUAAGCUUUGUGAGUUAUCCAGUUGCUGUGGCAUGAAAAUAAAGAGCUUGGACCUUU